AUGUCGAGCACACUCUUCGGACACCUCCAGGGUGCAGCCAGCCAGGCUGGAAACAGCAACAGCAAUCCUACCAUCGACCGCAGAAGAUUCGUUGGCCCUGAAACUUCCACCCCUUUCCCCGAUUUCCCAGUUGUAACAACAACGACCGGCUCGGCAACAAACGCCGAUCGAGCUGAUGGCCGCACCCACAAAGAUAGUCGCCCGAUAGGCAUUAAAGUUGGUCUGAUUUCUCAAGCGAAUGGGAGCUGUUACAUCGAAUCUGGAAAAUCGAAAGUGAUUUGUGCAGUGUAUGGCCCGAAGCCUCGAUCAUCCUUGUCGAACUCUGCAUCACUGUCGCCUCUUGUGAUCAGUAUGAGAUUCGCGCCUUUUUGUAUGGCCGGCGCUCGAAUGAUACCCACUGCUUUGGGGGGUGUCGAAACCACGGUAUCUCAGUUGACCCAGCAAGCAUUGAUGCCUGCUCUGCUGCCGAUGAGCGACUCGUCCCUCGUCGAGAUUCACAUCACCGUACUUGAAUGGGACGGCCCACUGAGUCCUGGUCCAUGUGUCUUGGCUUCUAGCAUCGCUCUCGCUUCAGCCGGGAUCCCGACCCUCGGCCUGGUGAUCCCUACCACGCUCGCCCUCUCCAAAGAUGUCUAUCUGGAUCCCACCGCAACCGAAGCCGAGGCCGCGUCAGCGAUCUUCGACCUCGCCUCGAUCCCCGCGAUGGGCACAGUCACCCAUGUCGGUUUCCGGUCGACUACUGAUUGGAAAUCCGCACCCAUCGAAGCCGAUAUCUUUGAUCGUUGUCUCGACCUGUGUAAAUCCAAUGCUGAAAUCAUUCAUGGUCUUGCCUCUGCGGCUCUCAAAGAUCAUCUCGCUACUUGA